GCCGCCCGAGGCAGCCACUGGGCGUUCGGUCACCGAUGCGGUGGGAACCGAGGCUGGCUCUGGCCAGUCGCCAUUCCGCCGCGGGCGUCCGUCUCGCCGGGUUGCCGGAGCAGGAGGAAGGCCCGAGCCGCUUCCUACCCGGCGCGCUCUUCUGCCGAUGCGCCGCGGCGGGGUCGGUUGGCCAGCGGCGGCUGGAGAGCGGGACCAGCUCUGAACGCGAAUGAAUGGGCGUACGGGGCACGCGCGCGCUCGGGGAUGAAGGGCAUUAGGACCGUGAGGAUCGCUCGGUGCUCCUGUCUCUCCUAUCAGCCCCCCCUCCACCCCACCAACCUCUCUCCUUUUUCUGCUCUGCAGGACUGAGCAGCCGGGCGUGAGCGAAAACAAACAGCUGAGGCUGCGAGCGCCCCCGCGGCCCCAAGAGUACGCCGGCCCCGGCCCUCAUCCAGGGCGCCCGUCCGCCUACAAUGAGGAAGAUCCGCGCCAAUGCCAUCGCCAUCCUGACCGUAGCCUGGAUCCUUGGCACUUUUUACUACUUAUGGCAGGACAACCGAGCCCACGCAGCAUCCUCCGGCGGCCGUGGCGCGCAGAAGGUCAGCGGGAGGCCGGAGCAGCUGCGUGAGGACCGCACCAUCCCGCUUAUUGUGACAGGAACACCUUCGAAAGGUUUUGAUGAGAAGGCAUACCUGUCAGCCAAGCAGCUGAAGGCCGGAGAGGACCCCUACAGGCAGCACGCCUUCAACCAGCUGGAGAGUGACAAACUGAGCCCUGACCGGCCCAUCCGUGACACCCGCCAUUACAGUUGCCCAUCCGUGUCCUAUUCCUUGGACCUGCUGGCCACCAGUGUCAUCAUCACCUUCCACAAUGAGGCGCGCUCCACCCUCCUGCGCACGGUGAAGAGUGUCCUCAAUCGAACUCCUGCCAACUUGAUCCAGGAGAUAAUUUUAGUGGAUGACUUCAGUUCAGACCCUGAGGACUGUCUGCUCCUGACCAGGAUCCCCAAGGUCAAGUGUCUGCGCAAUGACCGACGAGAGGGGCUGAUCCGGUCUCGAGUUCGUGGGGCAGAUGUGGCCACAGCUGCCAUCCUCACCUUUCUGGAUAGCCACUGUGAAGUGAACACUGAAUGGCUGCAGCCCAUGCUGCAGCGGGUGAAGGAGGACCACACCCGCGUGGUGAGCCCCAUCAUUGAUGUCAUCAGUCUGGAUAAUUUUGCCUACCUUGCCGCGUCUGCUGACCUUCGCGGAGGGUUCGACUGGAGCCUGCAUUUCAAGUGGGAACAGAUCCCUCUUGAGCAGAAGAUGACCCGGACAGACCCCACCAGGCCCAUAAGGACACCUGUCAUAGCUGGAGGAAUCUUCGUGAUUGACAAGUCCUGGUUUAACCACUUGGGAAAGUAUGAUGCCCAGAUGGACAUCUGGGGGGGAGAGAAUUUUGAGCUCUCCUUCAGGGUGUGGAUGUGUGGUGGCAGUUUGGAGAUCGUUCCCUGCAGCCGCGUGGGCCACGUCUUCAGGAAGCGGCACCCCUAUAACUUUCCCGAGGGCAACGCCCUUACCUACAUCAGGAAUACCAAGCGCACUGCAGAGGUGUGGAUGGACGAAUACAAGCAAUACUACUAUGAAGCACGACCCUCAGCCAUCGGAAAGGCCUUUGGCAGUGUGGCCACUCGGAUUGAGCAGAGGAAGAAGAUGAACUGCAAGUCAUUCCGCUGGUACCUGGAGAACGUGUACCCAGAGCUCACGGUCCCUGUGAAGGAAGUGCUCCCUGGCAUCAUUAAGCAGGGGGUUAAUUGCUUGGAAUCCCAGGGUCAGAACACAGUUGGUGACUUCCUGCUCGGAAUGGGGAUCUGCAGAGGGUCUGCCAAGAACCCCCAGCCGGCUCAGGGUCCCCGGUCAUACUGCAGAUGUGCAACCCGAGAGAAGGCAAGCAGAAAUGGAGGAGAAAAGGAUCUUUCAUCCAGCAUUCAGUCAGUGGCCUCUGCCUGGAGAUGAAGCCUGCCCAGCUGGUGACCAGCAAAUGUCAGGCUGAUGCCCAGGCCCAGCAGUGGCAGUUGCUGCCACACACAUGACGGUAGCCCUGGGGCCUCCUAUACAUUUUGCAUGAGACUUUGGGACUGGAAGGAUGGGGGAGAGCAGAGCAGGCCGUUUCCAUCCCCUCACAUUUCUGCCAGCAUCAUCAGCAAAUGCCUCACCACCACGUUUCUCCAAAGCUUGUUCCAAGACGGUGCAGAGGGCAUGCCUCGAUACCCUCUGUACCACCAUCUCAGCCUUGCGCGGGGAGAGGAGAUGGUCAGGGUGCUGGACUUUUGCUGGGCAGAGACUGGCAGGUGCCCCUGGCCCUUUGUCCUCUCUCUCAGCGCUUCUUGGUGUCCAGACUGGUGUGUGGGCCCUCCCCUUGUUGCCUGAGGAGGACAAGGACAGCAGCCCACACAAGAGUCCAGUUGGUUGGGCGGCGCCCGUGACUCAAAGGGGUAGGGCGCUGGCCCCAUAUGCCAGAGGUGGUGGGUUCAAACCCAGCCCCAGCCAAAAAAAAAAAAGAGUCCAGUUGGUCCUGAGGCCUGCCUGUGGGACAGGCAUGAGAGGAGAAAGUGGGCAAUGUGGAUGGAGAAGCCGAAAGCUGGGAACAGAAGGAAGGAGAGGAGAGGGGCAGGUGAGGAACAGGCAGGGGAGGACCUGUCAGAGAGCCAAGCCAGGGAAUGCUGGGUGGGGUGUGGGAGGGAUGAGAUCCUGGGGGCAAAACAUGGAUACGUAAGAAAACAUGGGUGGGAGAGCAGAAAGCAUCAGAAGACCAGGUCUCUUUGCCAGGAUGUUAUCCUGCCAUGCUUCUCCAACCCACAUUUUUUAGCAAGAGGCUACAGAGGAACCAUUAGCAGAAGACUUGGAGCAGUUUAUUAAACAGACUCCAUACUUUUCUGGCCCUAUGUCUGGCUGAGAACUGAGUCUUGGGCCUUAAUGCCCAAGCUGGUGCCCUGCCCCUCUCCCCCACUACCUGGGCCCACUGGGAGGAUGCACAGCCCAUUCCUCCUUUGUAGUUUUCAAUUCUUGUUUUCUCAAAGAUCUCUGCCAAUCCAGCAUCAUGGGUCAGAGUGUCUGGGAAGAAUGGGACCUCCUUUCUGGAGCAUGAACUAAGUUGUUAGGGGCUAAGCUACCAAGGCUAAACUUCAACCUCAUUCCACUCCCUGUGACGGGAAGGGUUUUCUCAAAGGCUCAGCUACUGCAUUGGCUGGGAGGCUGGCUGAGGGCUGCUGUUUGUGUAGAGAACCUUUACUUUGUUCUCACAGCCACUGAGAACUACCACAUCUAUCCCAUGGCCUUGUUUUGCCACCUCUGCUGUUCCCUUGCCCCUUUUCCCCAUCCCACUAGCUCAGGCAGUGUGGUUUUGGGCAAAAGACUAUUGGAAUCAGGAUCCCUGGUGGUCUCCUCCCUAAAGCAAACCAGUUUGAGGUGUACACAUCUACCCUAGAAGCCCCUAAUCUUUCAUAGACUAGUGAUCCACAUACCCUUAGGGAGUUUAUGGAUUCCAGAGGGUCUAGGAAUUUCCAGAAAUUGUCCCUCAAAUAUUGCAUAUAUGGGCAUAUGUGCAUUUUCCUGGGGAGAGAGUUCAUGGAUUUCCCCAGCUUCUUAAAGAGGUCCCUAAUCUCCAAAGGGUCUGAACCUCUGCUCUGGAUUGGAGUCACUGUCCAUCUGACCUGCCAUCUGACUCAGUCUCCCUCCCUGGUGUGCCCAAACUGUAAUGGCCUACUCCCUCUACAUGGCCCACUCCCUCUACAUGGCCCUUGGGUCAGGAGCCAGGUGUCCAUGCUCUGAGGCAGCCACUCUGGAGAGUUCUCCAGCAAUUUCCUCUAACCUCCUGACUCUCACCAGCAUCCUCUCAGCAGUGCCCAACCACAUGCCCCCCUGGACUCACCAGCGCAGGUGGGCUCUUUGCCCCCAUGUCCACACUGCUCCAGGCCUCUGUUGUGAUGUUUCACCAAUGCCAUCUGUGGACCUUGGAUGCCCUGUUCAACCGGGAGGCCUCCUGCCACAGCUUAGGGCAGAACUGGGACAAGGGCAAAGGCAUCUCUCCAGAAGAUGGGCUACAAGGCCUGGGCUAUGCUUGGGCAUGGACCUACAGUGAUGGGGAAUGUGGGCUGCUCUUCUUGAAUGUAAGAGGACCACUGCUCAGGGGGCCUUUGAGAGGGUCUCUCCCUCGUUUCCUGUGAUCACUCUACACCAGGCCCUGCACCGGUCGGCUGUCCUUUGUGGUGAUUCAGCCCUAUUCUGGUUUUGCUUUUCCUCUUCUUGACCAAAGCAUGUGCCACUACCUGUCCUUGAGGACCUUGUCUUUAUGAAACACACACCUGGAAUAAAACCACUUCUUACA